AUGUCUAUCCUAAAGCUGGUCGAGGACCGGCCGACGCCUCGCGCGGUCUACAACUGGAGAGUCUAUCUCCUGGCAGCAGUGGCAUCGUGCACAUCGUGCAUGAUUGGCUACGACAGUGCUUUCAUCGGCACUACACUCUCUCUUGACUCCUUCAAAAGCGAAUUCCAUUUUGAUACUAUGUCCGAUCCAAUGAAGAAUCUGAUUAGCGCAAACAUUGUUUCCUGCUACCAGGCUGGAGCUUUCUUUGGUGCUUUCUUCGCGUAUCCCAUCGGCCACUUCUGGGGCCGUAGGGUCGGCCUGUUGGUCGCUGCCUUGGUGUUCACACUCGGUGCUGGUCUCAUGCUUGGAGCUAAUGGCGAUCGAGGACUUGGCCUCAUGUAUGGUGGACGAGUUCUCGCUGGUCUUGGUGUUGGCGCGGGGUCUAACAUUACCCCGAUCUAUAUCUCUGAAUUGUCGCCUCCAGCCAUUCGUGGUAGAUUGGUCGGUGUUUAUGAGCUUGGCUGGCAAAUUGGUGGCCUUGUAGGAUUCUGGAUCAACUUCGGUGUUGACGAGACUUUGGCCCCCAGCCACAAGCAAUGGCUCAUCCCCUUUGCAGUUCAGUUGAUUCCCUCCGGUCUUUUGCUCAUUGGUGGCUCCUUUAUUCGGGAAUCCCCUCGCUGGCUCUUUGGACGGGGCCGCCGCGAGGAGGCCAUCAAAAAUCUCUGCUGGAUUCGCCAGCUGCCCGAGAAUGAUAUCUACAUGGUUGAGGAGAUUGGUGCCAUUGACCAGGCUCUAGAGGAGCAGCGCCGUAGUAUCGGUAUUGGCUUCUGGAAGCCCUUCAAGGCUGCUGGUACCAAUAAGAAAGUUAUGUGGCGUCUCUUCCUCGGAAGCGCGCUGUUCUUCUGGCAGAACGGAUCUGGUAUCAAUGCCAUUAACUAUUACAGCCCGACUGUCUUCAAAUCGAUCGGUGUCAGGGGCACCAACACCAGUCUGUUCACAACCGGAAUCUUUGGCGUUGUGAAGACUGUGGUAACUUUCAUCUGGCUCCUUUGGCUGAUUGACCGCGUCGGUCGCCGUAACCUGUUGCUCAUCGGCGCAGCGGGUGGUUCCGUUUGCCUGUGGAUUGUUGGUGCAUACAUCAAGAUCGCCAAGCCCGAGGAGAACGCGACCGAUACCCUGAGUGGCGGUGGUAUCGCUGCCAUGUUCUUCUUCUACCUGUGGACCGUUUUCUACACCCCAACCUGGAACGGAACUCCCUGGGUCCUCAACUCGGAAAUGUUCGAUCCCAACAUGCGUUCUCUGGCUCAGGCUUGCGCUGCCGCGUCUAACUGGCUCUGGAACUUCCUUAUCUCGCGCUUCACGCCGCAGAUGUUCACAGCUAUGGGAUACGGCGUAUAUUUCUUCUUUGCUUCGCUGAUGAUCCUCUCUAUCAUCUUCGUCUUCUUCCUCAUUCCUGAAACCAAGGGUGUUCCUCUCGAAAGCAUGGACCAACUCUUUGAGAUCCAGCCCGUGUGGCACGCCCAUGGUCAGAUGGUCGCCCAGCUACGCGAGCAUGAGGAGCAAUUCCGCAACGACGUUGAGGCUUCUGGUAUUGACUUGGCCAAGUCGAACGCUCAGCAGGUUGAGCACGCUGUGGCUGAGACGAAAUAUGCUUGA